AUGAUAUCAGAAUAACUCAAAUCAGGACCAUCCACUAAGCAACUCAAUAGUGAAGAUACUCUCAGAGUUGGAGAGUGCACAGUUCAUAAAAGACAACUAGAAGCCUUCUGCACUUCUUGUCAUGUUCUUAUUUGUCCGACUUGUUUGAUGUUUGGAGAUCACAAAGGACAUCUGGUUGAUUAGAUGGACAAAGCUACCAAAGUUAUUCGAUCAUCUAUGGAUCAGGCUGCGAAAGAUGGAAUCUUGAGAUUAGAAAAAACAGAAACUGUUCUUGUAGACAUUAGACAUACAAAACUAACAUUCGAGGAAUCAAAACAAAAAGUGUUAAAGGAAGUUGAAUAAACUUUUGCCCUCAUUUUCAAAUUGAUUAAGUAAAGAAAGGAUGAAGUUAUCAAUUUGAUUAAUCAACAUUAUGAAAUCUAAGUUAAUAACAUUGAUACCUAAGAAUAAAUUUGGAUGGACAAAUAAUCAAGAGCAUAUGAUGUUAUCAAAUUAGCUAAAUCUACUAAUGAUUAUCAAUUAUUGGAAAAGGCAACCUAUAUUUUAGAAAGUUUGGAAAUUCUAAGACAAACGCCAACAUAUAAAAAUGUUUACAUUGUCAAUUCUAUUGAUACAACAUUUAAUUUAAAUAACAUCUCAUUAAAUUUAUCAGAAUUUUAGAAAGGACUGCAAAAUUGGAUCAAAUUAGGUGAUUCCGUGUUAAUUCAAUUUAAAUGUUGAUCAAAUCGUUAAAUUUACAACAUUUAUAUUUCAAUAU